AUGGUGAACAAAAACAUGCCGAGAACAUUCGGUGACAGCUUGAUCCACUCUUCGCACAUAGACGUGCUUGUCGAAGAGCACGAUUCGUUCCCCUUACAUGAACUGCCUACUGGAAACAGCAGCGAAGAAGAACGGAAGAUCGGAAAUAUUAUUGCUGAAAAUUUGGUGGACAAUGGCUCAACACUUCAAAUGGGUUUCGGAGCCGUGCCAGACGCAGCCUUGGCUGCUUUAAAAAACCACAAGGAUCUUGGUAUUCACACGGAAAUGUUUUCGGAUGGCGUUUUAGAUCUUAUUGCUUGUAAUGCUAUUACAAAUAAGAACAAGAUGUGUUACCCAGUAAUGGACGACGAAUGUGGUUUCUUCAGUGGUGGCCGACUCAGUUGGCAAACGGUUUUGUCCGGUUUUGGUGGCCAGGUGGAUUUUAUUCGUGGCGCCAGUGUAGCCAGCGACGGCAUGGGCAAGCCUAUCAUCGCCCUUCCGUCAAUUUCAAAGAAAGGCCAGAGCAAAAUUGUGCCGUACAUACAGGAGGGAGCUGGUGUUGUUACAUCCCGAUCUCAUGUACAUUACGUUGUCACGGAAUACGGUAUUGCUCAACUAUGGGGUAAGAAUAUGCGGCAAAGAGCGUACGAACUCAUCAAAAUCGCUCAUCCGUCACAGCGUCAAACCCUGGAAAAAGCAGCUUUUGAAAGGCUAAAGGUCAUGCCUUCUGCGGACUAG